AUGAUAGAACCGGGAAAGUGGCCAUCACCUGGCAAAAGGACCUCCGAAGCAAGUAGUACCAGGAAGGGAAGGAAGAAUCCUAGUACUCUCAAGGCGGCCAUGCUCGCCACUUUCUGGGAAUACACGGAGCGGACCAAAGUUAGCGGCAUAUGGCUAAUGCGUCGGAAUCGCACCUACGGCCUUUCCAGGUUUAUCUGGUCUUCUGUUCUGCUUCAGUUGCUCCUGCUAAGCAUAUAUCUAACCCUGCUUCUAUGGCUAAAGUUCUACUCAUACCCCAUCUUGAAUACCAUUUCCAAUGACCUCUCAAUUACGGAUGUUGCCUUUCCCGGCGUUACCAUUUGUAGUCCAAAGGUUGUAAACUCGGAACGGGUGGAACGCUAUGUGAAGACACUUAAGAUUCCCAAGGAGUACGACAUUGCAGAGGUCACAGCCGGCUUUGAUUUCCUUAACGCCUUCACGGAUCAAAGUUUUGAGCCACCUGGACACGAAAGUUAUCGGGCCACUGAUGCCGUCCUACGGCUAAACAACGUGUCCACCUGGGAAGCCGCCAUGGCCGUCAGUCCGGGUUGCGAAGACUACGUGAAGCGCUGCUUCUGGGGACAUACGGAGUUCAAGUGCAACCAGAGCCACGAGUAUCUAUCGUUUAUCCCCACGACGGCUUACCUAGGUCCCUGCUGCUCGUUUAACUACAAUCCGAGGAACGCCAGUUUCGUCCCUUUUUCAGCAAACAUCUUUGGCAUGGAUGGUGGAUUGACUUUCGUGGGGGCGGAGGGCAGUGAACGAAACCUGAAUACUGGUCUCAUUGUUUUGGUACACCAUCCCAUGGACUAUGUGACGGAGUCGGCAUCUUCGGUUACCAUUACUGCUCGUUCUGAAAGCUUUGUGGAGGUCUCACCCACGGUGCAGAGUUCUUCGGCGGAGGUCUUGGAACUUUCGGAGCGUAAGAGGGACUGCCUCAUCUCGGACGACCUGCAGCUGAGGAACUAUCGCCAGGCUGCCUGCCUGCUAUCCUGUCAGACAGAUGCCAUUGUUCAGAAGUGCGGAUGCCAUCCAUAUUUGCUACCCAUUGUGGGCAACAAGUUCAAGGAGUGCAAUCUAAACGAUACCUUCUGUUACUCAGCUAACUAUGAUAAUUUUAAAAGUGUGCGCUGUGACCAGUGUCUGCCCAAUUGCUAUGACGUUACCUAUUCCACGCUCUCCUAUAAAACGGAUCUUAAUCAGCAUCAGUUCUCCGUUAGCCGUUUCUACUCCCCAGAGCUCCUGAACAGUGACAGCUUCGUUCUCCGAGUGUACUUGGCCAAGCAAGUAGUCCCAGUUAUCCGUAAAGUGACUGUUAUGUCCUGGAUAGGAUUAUUAUCUGAUUUGGGUGGUAUCUUCAAUCUUUGCCUGGGACUUAGUAUGAUUUCUGUGGUUGAAUUUUUCUACUACUGUACGUAUCGCUUGUAUACCAACUAUCAACUGCAAAAGGCCCAGCAGCCUAGAAAGGCAUGGCAAUAGAUUUGGUAUAAAUCUAACCGUUUGAGUGGCUUUUUAAAAAUUCAAAAGUAAGCGCUACGGUCAAAAAUAUCGAUGACAGGGUUGCCAUAUUUAGCUACAGUUGCUAAUUACAUUUGGUAUUUUAAUAAAACGGUCAUAUUUAUUAGUAUUAGUAUUUUAGUUUAAAGUGCUUACUCUGCAGAGAUUAUAAAGAAUUAUAACUUUUAAUUAAGAAAAGGAAAAAAA